GUGUCAUAUAAUGUAGACUGUCGUACUUUUUGUGCUUGCGUGUGUUUGGUGGCAAUCAAAGAGAGAGGAGAAGUAGAGAGAGAAUGUAGAGCUGCGAGCUCUCUGAAGAACAAUUAUUCAGCGGAUGCUCUUGUUCGCUCACUUCCUAAAAAACAUGAAUUGACAGUCCACUACCCCUUUUGUAUAAUUCUUUCCAGACAGCCGAGUGUCAUCCUCCUCAAUGAGAAGGGGCUGCAAACUGUGUAUCCCUCGCCGUGACUCAUUCACGACCGGUUGCAGGGAUAAAGGAAAUCUGCAAUUAGCUGCAUUUUUCUUUUCCCGCCGCUCAGAGGACGUAACAAGCGCGCACUCGUCUUUCCAUUCUUUCUUUUCCCUCCUCCACUGUCUGCAGCCAGUGGGAAGGAUAUGAUGCACCUCCGUGGAGUUGGGUCCACAAGAAGAAUGUCACCCACUUCUGCUGGAGCUAAGCUUUAAGUAUUGACCACCCCUGCUAUCCAUUGUGUGUUUACGUGUUUUCGGUGUGCUUCGCGCUGUGGAUUUUAGCACAAGUGGACACAGCUGAGGCUUUAUAUUUUUUUAACUGCCGCGAGAGGCUUCGCCAUUCAACAAGCUGGCAGCGAGGCGAUGGGCGCAGCGAGCCUCCUUCAUGAACCGCAUCUUGGUUCUAGUCUAGCCCAGCUUGUUGAAUCUCCUCCCCGGUGACAAGCGAGGAUGGCUUCGCGUUAAGAAACUUCCCCGACGGUUGUUGCUUCUUUCUGCCCAUCGAUCUCUCGAUCUUUAAAGUUAAACAUGGCUCGUCCAGUUCUAAUCGCCAAGCUGGGUUCUCUAUGGAGAAUGUUUUGCCUCAUGCGGACGGUGCUGAAUGUGGCGUCGGCUCAGGAGACAUACGCGCCGCAUUCGAUACGGACCGAGGGCCACUUGACCCUCGGCGGACUUUUUCCUGUACACGCCAGGGGGGUGGACGGCGCACCGUGUGGGGACCUAAAGAAGGAAAACGGCAUCCAGCGGCUCGAAGCCAUGAUGUACGCUUUGGACCAGAUCAACCAGGACGAGCAACUCUUGCCCAACAUCACCCUUGGCGCCCGGGUGCUGGACACUUGUUCGAGGGAUACCUAUGCGCUGGAACAGUCUCUAACUUUCGUUCAGGCCCUCAUCACCAAGGACACCUCGGAUGUGAGGUGCACCAACGGGGAGCCACCGGUCUUCGUCAAGCCUGAAAAAGUAGUGGGAGUCAUCGGAGCCUCGGCGAGUUCGGUAUCGAUCAUGGUUGCCAACAUCCUACGCCUCUUCCAGAUCCCUCAGAUUAGCUAUGCGUCGACCGCACCGGAGUUGAGUGACGACCGGCGCUAUGACUUCUUCUCAAGAGUGGUUCCUCCAGACUCCUUUCAGGCCCAGGCCAUGGUGGAUAUAAUUCGAGCGCUGGGCUGGAGUUACGUCUCCACCAUCGCCUCAGAAGGCAGCUACGGAGAGAAAGGAGUGGAGGCCUUCACACAACUCUCCAAAGAAGCAGGAGGAAUCUGCAUCUCCCAGUCUUUGAAAAUUCCUCACAACCCCAAGCUGGAGGAUUAUGACAAAGCGAUCCAACAACUACUGGAAACCCAGCACUCCAGGGCAGUCAUCAUCUUUGCCAAUGAAGAAGACAUACGGGGCGUUCUGAAUGCCACUAAGAGGGCCAAUCACGUGGGCCAUUUCCUGUGGAUUGGAUCUGACAGCUGGGGGGCCAAAAGCAGCCCCAUCCACCAGCUCGAGGAUGUAGCAGUGGGAGCGAUCACUAUACUGCCCAAGCGGUCCUCUAUUAAAGGUUUUGAUGAAUACUUCACUGCACUCACGCUGGAGAACAAUCGAAGGAACGUUUGGUUUGCUGAAUUCUGGGAGGAGAACUUUAACUGCAGGCUUCUCAGUACGUCCAAGAAAGAAGACACCACUCGUAAAUGCACAGGCCAAGAGCGCAUCGGGAUCGACUCCAAGUAUGAGCAGGAAGGGAAAGUGCAGUUUGUGAUUGAUGCGGUGUACGCCAUGGCCCACGCGCUGCACAACAUUCAGAGGGACCUGUGUCCCGACCAUCCUGGCGUUUGUCCGCAAAUGGACUCUGCUGAGGGCAAAACUUUGCUCAAGUACAUCCGGAAUUCCAGUUUCAACGGCAGUGCUGCCACCCCGGUUGUCUUUAAUAAGAACGGUGAUGCUCCUGGACGCUAUGACCUGUUCCAGUUCCAGAUGACCAACUCCUCCAUCCCAGAGUAUAAGGCGGUAGGACAGUGGGUGGAGACCCUCCAGCUCAAGCUUGAGGAGCUUCAGUGGCCCAAUGGUGAGCAGGAAGUGCCCAUCUCAGUGUGCAGUCUGCCUUGUAAGACUGGAGAGAGGAAGAAGAGGGUCAAGGGGAUGCCAUGCUGCUGGCACUGUGAGCUCUGUGAUGGAUACCAGUACCAGUAUGAUGAAACCUCCUGCAGACUGUGUGCAUAUAACAUGAGGCCCGACCCCAACAGGACUGCCUGCCAGCCCAUCCCGAUCAUCAAGCUGGAGUGGCACUCCCCUUGGGCAGUCAUCCCUGUCUUCCUGGCCAUGCUUGGCAUCAUUGCCACCAUUUUCGUCAUGGCCACAUUUGUACGCUACAAUGACACGCCCAUUGUGCGCGCAUCGGGCCGAGAGCUGAGCUACGUGCUGUUGACCGGCAUCUUUCUGUGUUAUAUCAUCACCUUCCUCAUGAUCGCCAAGCCCGAUGUAGGUGUAUGCGCCUUCAGGAGGAUCUUCUUGGGUCUGGGCAUGUGCAUCAGCUAUGCAGCGCUGCUCACCAAGACCAACCGCAUCUAUCGGAUCUUCGAGCAAGGAAAGCAGACGGUCACAGCCCCACGCUUCAUCAGCCCCACUUCCCAGAUCGCCAUCACUUCCAGUCUGAUCUGCGUCCAGCUGCUGGGUGUUCUGGUGUGGUUUGCCGUGGACCCGCCAAACACCAUUAUAGACUACGAUGAGCAGAAAACUAUUAACCCCAUGCUGGCCCGUGGCGUACUCAAGUGUGACAUCACAGACCUCCAGAUCAUCUGCUCACUGGGCUACAGCAUCCUGCUCAUGGUGACCUGCACUAUCUACGCCAUCAAGACAAGAGAUGUACCAGAAGACUUCAACGAAGCCAAACCCAUUGGCUUCACCAUGUACACCACCUGCAUAGUCUGGCUGGCCUUCAUCCCGAUUUUCUUUGGCACAGCCCAGUCUGCUGAGAAGCUCUACAUUCAGACGACUACCCUGACCAUCUCCAUGAACCUAAGUGCCUCAGUAGCACUGGGCAUGCUGUACAUGCCCAAGGUGUACAUCAUUAUCUUCCACCCUGAGCUCAACGUACAGAAGAGGAAACGUAGCUUCAAGGCGGUGGUCACAGCCGCUACGAUGUCAUCACGUUUGUCUCAGAAGCCCAGUGAGAGACCCAAUGGAGAGGCCAAGACUGAGCUGUGUGAGAACCCUGCCACUGACCCCAUGAGUCAAGCAACCAAGAAGACAUACGUGAGUUACAACAACCUCAGGAUCUGAUGUGCUGGAGGAGGAACACUGCUUGUCUGUCAUUUGUGAUUGAAAAGAGUAAGAGUGAAACUCCGGAGAAACGGGAGAGGACCACAGGCAUCCUAGCACCACCUGCAAACACCUGUGAACUCAUACUGGAUGGUGGACCGCAUCCCACCUCCAUCCAGGCUUGACAGAGACUAGCAGUGCUGUGGGCUGCUGCGGCUGCUGCGGCCUCCCUGUUGAAGCAAAGUGUGUAGGUAUUGAACCGGUGGACCCUAGCAGAGAACAAGCCGCCCGCUAAAAGGGGUCAUCGUGGACGAGGGCAUCAAGGACAGUGGAUCUGCUUUCAAGAUACUUUCUUUUAAAAUGUCAUUAAAGCCAUAUUCUCUUGGGGUUCCCAUUAUCUGAUUUCUCUUCUGUAUUGUUUCAAAGUGAUUUUCUUCUGUGCCUCUACUGCUCCAAGUACAUCAAAUUACCUUGAACAGCGAGCUCUGCCACACACAAUAUUUUGUUUUACACAAAUCAACUAAAAGAAAAAAGUCAGUCCCACAUGAUGAUUAUAUUUGAGUGAUGGGCAUUGUACGUAUAUUUUUUGUAAAUAUUUGAGAGUAUUUUCAUGUUUGGAGUACAAAAAUAGAUAAGCAGUCUGUGUUCAAUGGGAUUUGGAUGGUUAUGAAAAGCACCACAAAGUGUUGACUUUGCAUGUGCCAAUGUAUGUCUGUUCUAUUUGAUGUAAGCAAAAACAAUAAAAAAAUAUAUAUAAAGAAAUAAAAGACAAUAAUGAUAAUGAGCUUCGGCACUCUCCUACGCGUUGUUUUCUUUACCAAAACUCGUUAAAAGUACAGAAUAUGGCUUUAAUCUGUUGAUGGAUUGACCCCCUCUUGUAUGUGCAAGCAUGUUUGUUUUUUGUAGCCUUUCGUUCUGGUACCUAGCAACCAUGUGAGAAACCAUGAGUAUCAGAGCGACCGUGCAAGUAUGUUGUGAUGUCUGUCAAAUUAUGAAACUGUAAUAAAUGCGUUUGUUAUCUUUUAUACAAUGAAGGCGCACAGCAUAUCACAGUUCUUUCAGUGCAUGUGUGAGUGGGUUUAUAAGACGUCCAGACUGAUGCGUGAAUAAGUGUUGUUCAUCACUGCAGCGCUUAUGUAAACGAAAUGUAAAUCGAAACACAAACGUUACUGUCCCCCCACUAUGUUAUAAAGCUGAGGAAGCAGCGCUGUCAUGCAGUGAAAAUGAGAUCCAGCAAGUGAAGAGCAAGUCUACUUUCCAACUCCUUUGCUUACCCUUUUGCUCUUUUCUGUCUCACCCCAUGUUCAUCCCCGACUGUUGAUACUCUUUCCAAGUUCCAGCAGCCAUGUCAGAUCAGUUUGUCCCUGUUGAAGUCAAUGCCUUUAGCAGCUUAGCUCCCACUCUAUCGGCCUGCCUGCAAUAAUGUUUCUAUUUCCAUAUUGAUUUUGAUGUAAAAAAAAUAUCUGCUCCCACUUCUAGUAAGCACCUCCCUGUGAUGUGAUAUACUGUACCGUGCUAAGGUCUUACAAUAUACCAGAGGCGUGGACUCCAGUCACAUGACUUGGACCCAAGUCAGACUCGAGUCACAAUUUUGAUGACUUUGGACUCGACUGGACACAACCACAACCUGCAAGUCGACAUGGAUUUGACAUCAAUGACUUGGGACUCUGACUUCAGUCUGAAGACUUCAAAAUACUUACGAUUUUCAGUGUGUUGAAUAACAUGUGUCCCAAUUUCAAAGAAUUCAACCGAUACCGUGACCGUUGUUAUAUCAUUACCCGUAAGACACAUUUUCCCACACAUACUGCCUCAUUGAAUGCAUCUAUUAACAUCCAAUCAGGUUUAGGAACAAACAAGGAUGUGGCUUACAUUUCUGUGUACGCCAGACUACUGGAGAGUGGUAGAAAGUUAUUCACAUGCACAUGCACGCACACCCACAAAGUUACAGUAAUUAGGUAAAAUGAAUUUGUCCAACGUUUUCAGAAGUUAAUUUGUUGUUGCACUGAUUAAAUCCUAAACGCUAUGUCAGCACUCUUUUUCUGCGGCUAAGUCUUGUCACGCUGGUCUUAUUUAUUAAAAAAAAAACAAUGAAUAAAACAACUAAACAGAUUGUUGCAUUGUUAAAACACCUCCACCCACUGAGACAAAUUCAUGUCAUUCCAUUCAUGUCAUUGUUCUAUGGAACAAACGCGCCAGGGUGCCUCAACGCAUGGCAACAUAUUGAGGCUGGCCAAAUUAGUAAGUUAUUGUGUGAUUAAUUAAUGAUAUACAUUAAUUAUAAUUAUCAUAUUCAUUAUAUUAUCGUCCCAGCCCAGGUGCCCACGAGGCAUUUUUUUCUGAAAGAAAAA